CGAGGUUGAAGCAGUACAAGAACUAUGAGAGCCUCGCUCAGCCUCGUCAAGAACUCGAGAAGGAGUGCUUGCAAGUCGAGAAGGGGAAGAGGUUCUAUGACUUCCACUACAACACGAGGCUUGUCAAGUCGACAAUUGUGCAUUUUCAGGUAGAGAUUGUGAAUUUGAUUUUCGUCGUAGCUGGUUGAAAUGAUUUUGAACAAAAUUUAGUGUUUGAUUUUUGUUGGGUAAAUGGAUAGGGUAUUUUUUUUUUUUUUGUGAUGUUCCUUUCAUUUUCUGAAAUUUGAUUCAUAUGUAGCGGUGCACAAUGCAUAUAAUUUGUGUUGUACAAGUCCUUACACUCAUUUCGUAAGGCAAAUUUUGUGAUGUUCCAUAUGUAGCAUAUACCUUCAAUUUGCAUUAUGUAAUUUCUUGCAUGUUGUUCAUAUGAAGGGUCUUGCAAAUUUCAUAUAAUUGAUAUGUCUGUAAAAACUUUGGGGUUUAGAUAUCUUAUUUACUUUCGUACUUUGCUAGCUGCUACAUACGCGUGACCUUUUUAUUAUAGCUGCUUGUUGCUUUAGUUCUGCGUAUAUCAAUAAUUUGGUAGUUUUGCAGGUCUUAUAAAAACAUGUAAAAUCCUUUGUGAUGGAUAACCUUAGUUUAUGAUUAUGGUUCUGUGCGUCAAUCAUUCACCGGAAGGUAUGGAGUUCAUAAAAAAUUCUGUCUUUGUUGGGCACAUAUAUAGAACUUGCAUGAAUCUGAGAUGUAAACAAUUUACCUAAAACUAUAGGUGAAGGGUGAUCAACAUAACAUAACUUAUCCUUGAUGUGUAGAUAUCUAUAAAUCACUGCCGAACUUAUUUAGAAAACCAAAAAAAAAUCAUAUUUUCAGCAAGCAUUAUUUCGUGUCUUCUGAAAACAGGUGCACCUAAUCAGAUCUCUAUGACAUAUAAGUCACCCCUUUUUUCUUCUUCUAUGAUCUUCUAUUGGAAUUCCUGCAGUGUGAUUUUAGGAAAUUUGAUAGAGUUCGUUAAUCCAUAAUAACUGAUUUAAGGUACAUGUCAGAGAUAUGCUUUUAAGCACUUACAUAGGCCUAGAACGCUUAAACUGUGAUGACCACAGUGUCACCUGGGGUGUAUUUGUUGGAUCCUUUUUGGUAUAUGUCUGAAGGCUGCCCUGGAUGCAAAUCUUGUAGUCAUUUGACAAACUGUUACUAUUUACAUCCGUCGUUGGUCUUUGUGUUUUGCUUAUAUUAUAUCUGAUGUCUCUUAAAUAUAAUUAUAUUGCAUUUAGGAUUACUAUUGCUCUCUUAUUUCAGCUUGUAAGCAGGGUGGAGUUAGAGCUGCUGGCGCGACUUUGGUUAUAUGCUAAGGAAUUUGUUAUGGGCCACAUCAAAGCAUGAUGUAUACCUGAUGCAGAACUUUUCAGUAAUGCAUUGGAACUCUUUGCUUAGGAGAGGCACCGAAGUACUCAAUGUUGCUAAACCGAUUGUACCUACUGAGAAACGACUUGGUUUGUUGGCGCGGCCACUCUCUAGAGUGCAGAUAAGCACUAUGGCUGUCAAAGAAAAUUUGUUGGUUGCUGGGGGCUUCCAAGGUGAACUAAUCUGCAAGCACAUGAACCAACGUGGAGUUGCUUUCUGCUCAAAACUAACAACAGAUGAGAAUGCCAUCACUAAUGCGGUGGAUAUAUUCCGCAACCCAACUGGUUCAAUGAGAGUAAUGACCGCAAAUAAUGAUGCUCAAGUUAGAGUGUUUGACAUCGAAAAGUUCGCCUGCCUCAACUGCUUCUCAUUUGAGUGGUCUGUAAAUAAUACCUCUAUUAGUCCCGAUGGUAAGCUUCUCGCAGUACUUGGUGAUAGUGCUGACUGUUUGAUUGCUGAUGCUCAGUCUGGAAAAACAGUAGGGGGCCUCAAAGGGCACUUAGACUAUUGCUUUUCCUCAGCUUGGCACCCUGAUGGACGAAUUCUGGCUACUGGGAACCAAGACACUACUUGUAGGCUAUGGGACGUAAGGAACCUCUCACAGUCCCUAGCUGUGUUGAAGGGAAAUAUGGGAGCAAUAAGAGCUAUAAAAUUCACCUCCGAUGGUCGUUUCAUGGCCAUGGCUGAACCAGCAGACUUUGUUCACAUCAUCGAUACGCAGUCCGGAUACGCAAAUGGGCAGGAGAUUGAUCUGUUUGGUGAGAUUGCGGGGAUAUCCUUCAGCCCCGACUCUGAAGCUUUGUUUGUUGGGGUUGCUGAUCGCGCAUAUGGUAGUGUAUUGGAGUUCAAUAAGAGGCACUACAAUUCCUAUCAAGAGAUGAUCUUCUAGUUCAAGUCCGUCAGUCGUGGGAAGAUGGGGGGUGUUCAUUUAUUCGAGAUGUGUUUAUCCAACUGUAUUUACAACUACAUAUGGGCAAGGACAAAGAAGUUCAUGCAUCCGGAAACGUACAAAAAAAGAAUCUAGGAAAUUGUUUUCAGUUUUUUUUUUUCUUCUUGCCUUCUCAGCCUUUACGCUUUUGUUUCUCCAUUUCUGUAGAGGUACCUUUUUUUUUCAUCCAGCAGAAAUGGAACAAAUAACUAUUGGUUUUGUAAAAUCUCUUUCCACCAGUGUGUGCAUGUAAAACAGUUACGGUUUAGUUUUUGCUUCCAUUCUG